CCAUGAAGCAAACAAGAACUUGGUCUAAACUUGACUAGCUGCUUUUCUGUAGGUCUGAGAUCAAUAUUGCUAAAAUUAACUGAGAGGCUGCCCCAGAGUUGAGAGUUUGGAGCUUGGAGCCUGCUUGGGUGAGAGCCGGGUGGUGAAAAUGUAAGUAGCAAAGCAGAGCUAGGAAACUGAGCAGUGCAAAAUGGAAAGACAAGUUUGUUUGGACUUAUUUUGAGUAUAUUUGGUUCUUCAAGGAAAAUCAAGCGAGAAUUACUUUUCAAAACGCUUUCCAUUUGUGUCGCUCGAGAGAUACAAUAAUGUCUAAAGAGACAGUAAUGCUUUCAUAACGAUGAAUUGAUACAUGCAUGAUUGCUUUAUGCUCCAGGAAAUAACCACUCGCACUAAAAUUAUCUAUUUUAAUACUGACUCACAUUUCCUUAUGUGUUUAUAAUUAGCGCUUGCAUUGAGUCAUUAUUAUAAAAGCAUUAAAAUCAUAUCUAUUGAUAUACUACAUGCUUAUUUCUGGAUGGUAUACUAAUGUUACCUAAAUAAAGAAAUGUAUGGAUGCUCCAAAAAAAAUUUUUGUUUUUUUGCGUAAGUAAUCUAAUGCAAAGGGUUUGAAAUACAGCCCAUCUUGUACGGCAUAUCGCACGUAGACUGCAGACUUUAAUUCAGACUGAUGCACAAGGACGUGUGCCAAAAUAAAUUGGACAUUUAUGACGGGUAUUCGUUUAGAGCUGAUGAUUAAAUGCAGCUUCCUCUGGUAUGUAUUAACUAGCACUUCACUGUCCACGAGUAAUUUAUGCAAAGGCUCGACAUCCAUUACAGACUGAAGCAUCUGUCUCUUUCGGAUGUGUGUGUGUAAGUGUGUAGCUGGGUGAUCUUAAGGGGAGGCUGAAAUUUAACGCUUAAAGAGUGCAGUGCUCUGUAGUUCCUCUCUAGUGACCAGGCUCAGACUUACUCAUCCUGGAAAGAGAACUCUCAUUAAACAAGAGGAACUGGCAUUUAUUGCCGCCUUAAUAAAAAAAAAAAUGUAACACACACACACACACACAAAGAAAACUUGCUUCAAAGACACCAUUGUAUUAUAAAGUGAAUAAAACACUCUACUAGGAAAAUAAUUAACCUCAUAUGAUGUUAAGCAAAGUUAAUCAUUUCCCUCUAACAGCUCAUCCUAUUCAUGGUUGAUAAUAAUUUUUUUAUUUAUCUGGAUGUAGUUGGAUGAAAUGCUGUAGAAGUUAGUUCCUGUUAUCACUUGCGUCAUUACAGCUACUCUAUAACCAGUCGGUUUCUUCUCAUCCGAGCUUUUUCUCUUUCUCUGGGUCUCUUGACAGUUAUUAGGCGAAAAAUAACAUGCAUCACAUGAUUGCUGCUUCAUGAUGUGAGAAACCACGAAACAUAAAACUCCAGAGAACUUACUCACACACUCAUCAUGUCUACGUGGUCGAAGGGGGCCCUGGUGCCUAUCCCAGGAGACUUGGUACACCCUGGGCGGGGUACUGAUCCAUCACGGGGCAAACACACAUGCACACCCACACACUGGUUUGGGAACGAUAGUUAGCCUAAUCUGCAUGUCUUUGGACUGUGGGAGGAAACCGGAGUACCCGGAGGGAAACCCCCCAAGUACUAUGAGUGUCUGCUUAUCUUGCAUUGGAUCAGCACCCGGUCCUGGGUUUACCCAGCGUACUGCAUGAGUGCUCCUGAGAACCUGUGUUGGAAUAUGUGUGUGUGUGUGUGUUUUAUAAGCGCUCCUGGACUCAGUAAUGUAUGUCAACAAACAGGUUUUCUUAACCACAUAAUACACAUUUGCUAAGGUCAUGGUUUUUUUUUAACUUCACUGAUUGGCUCCAAAGGCUCCAGGCCCCCCGCAACCCUGUAUACCCACACGAUAAACUGGUUUAAAUGAUGAGUGAGUGGGUUCAGUACCUAAUGCAUGUUUUGUGUCCAAGGGUUCCUUCCUUAUUGGCAGGUAGCUAUAAUAUAUAAGUCUAAAAAUGAUUUGAUUGAUUUCAAAUGUGGAUUUGCUGAUGUGGUUUGGCACACAGUAUGGACUUUAAAGAGAAGCAAAAAUCUAUUCUAAGCUAUUUCAAUAAAAGCAAGAUUAUGUAGAAAAGUCUUACUUUCAAUGAUGUCAUGAGUGUAUGAUGAGUGUAUGCAGAAGGGGACAGACAUCAUACAGUAUCUCCCCAUUGUCAUGUCUAUCUCUGAUGCAACAUGAGCAGCAGUUUAUAAAGAUACAGUCGGCUGGCUUGCAGUGUCUUAGAAAGAAUGUGAUGACUUUCGUUCACCCUGGUUGGUCGCUGUUAUGCGGUACAGUAUGAGGUAGAGUAGGCUGGUGGCUUGGAAUUAGAAAACGCUAACAGUAUUAAAAGAAAAAGAGAAAGAAAAAAAUGAAAGAUUCGGAUAAUAUUUGAGUAAUUGCAGAAUGGAGAGCUUAUUUCUGGAGCUGUACUUUCAGAAAAUAUUAACAAAAGCAAGUUGAAAAGGGCAAAACAACACCAUCUCUAAUGAGCGUUCUCUCUCUCCCAGUCUCUCUCUCUCUCUCACUCCUCCCUCUCUCUCUCUCUCCCUUUCCCAUUCUCUCACUCAGAAUCCAUGAGCUGUCUCCAUCAUGGAGGCGACCGGCAAGUUCGACUUCACCGCUACGGCCGAUGAUGAGCUGAGCUUCAGGAAAGGAGACCUAAUUAAGAUUUUGGGCACUAAGGAUAACUGGUACAGAGCUGAAAGAAAUGGUCUUCAGGGCUUCGUUCCAAGAAAUUACAUUACCCUCGACAUCCCCAGUUGGUUUCAGGAGGACAUGAGCCGCCGGGCAGCUGAGAACGCUCUCCUGCCACAGCCGAUAGGAGCGUUUAUCAUCCGUGGCAGCCAGAGCUCUCCGGGAAACUUCUCCAUCUCUGUCAGACAUGAGGGGGACGUGCAGCACUUUAAGGUGCUCCAGGACACCAGGGGGCAGUAUUAUCUGUGGGCUGAGAAAUUUAGCUCUCUGAACGACCUCGUGGCGUAUUACACAGUCAAUUCGAUCUCCAAGCAGAGCUGUGUACGUCUCCUCUCUGAUCAGCGGACCCAGUUUGAUGCAGCUCCAGAUCCCAGGCUGGGUUCUCAGGAGAGAAGAUAUAAUAUAGAAGAUGUGCAGGGCAGACCUCUGCCUCGUCCUGCACAGCCUCUUCCACAUCCACAGGAGAGAAGACCGAAGAUGGAAGAUAUGCACAGCAGACCUCUCCCUCGUCCAGGAGAGAUCCCUCAGCCUCUACAGGGCCACUUAUACAGUGCAGAUCCCAUGCUGGCCCCUCAGGAGAGAAGAUAUCAGAGUGGACCUUCAGGCCCACCUGACCCACCUUAUCGUCCAGAGACUCUUCCACCUCCACCGGCAUCAUCACUAAUGAAGGUCAAGGCUCUGUAUGACUUCAUAGCAGAGGAGCAGGACGAGUUGAACUUCAGUGCUGGAGACAUUAUCGAGGUUUUGGACCAAGGAGAAUCCUUCUGGUGGGUGGGACGGCUACAAGGAAGGACAGGACUCUUCCCUGCCAACUACAUCACUCCUUUAUGAGUGCAUAGAGUCCACGUCCUGCAUGAGAUUUUUCAAUAUUUGUGUUUAUUUAAUUGAUGACUUCCUUGAGUGCUACUUUAACUCAGUAUUCUGAGACUUUGUGUUCGUUUUCUUUUGUUCUGCAUUACAAAUAAAUGUUUUCAGCAUGUUAGAGGGUUUUUUUUUAUCAUGUAAGACUGUGGUUUUACAUAGAGUAGUAGCUGAGACAUAUACACACCCUGUCAUGACAGCAAUGCAACUGUCAUCAGUUCCUCUUGUCAUGUCCCACCUUUGUCAAUUAACUUUUUGCACAAUGAAAUCUGUGACAUAACCAUGUCUCAUACUGUACAUAGCAUAACCUAUUCUUAGUUCAUCAGUACAAGCAGUAUAAUAUUAUAUUUUAAUUAAAUCUUAUACUACAAUAUUUCAAACUUAUAAACAUUAAUA